AUGAUCAAUAGUAAUGUGGAACGUCGUGAUGAACUGAAUCGUGAACGAAGUAAAUUUGUAGACACUUUCGAAGCGGUAUUCUUUGACGAUCGAGAGGGAGCAUGGUUCGAUUUGAACAUUCGAACUGGGGAUCGAGACGAUGACGCGUAUCCCUCGUUGGCGGUACCGUUAUUCACAGAAUGCUACAGCACGCUGAACAAUCAUAUGAUGGUGGAUGUACUGGAAACGCUGCAACGCAAGGGUUUAUUACAGUUUCCUGGUGGAGUGCCUACAAGUUUGAUGAAAGGAACAAAUCAACAGUGGGAUUAUCCAAACGGCUGGGCACCAAUCAAUCAUAUGAUCAUUGAAGGGCUUCGUAAAUCCAAUCAUCCGAUAAUGCAACAAAAGGCGUUCGAAAUUGCUAAUAAAUGGGUGAACAGAAAUUAUCAACUAUAUCAGAAGGAUAAGAAAAUGUGGGAGAAAUACGAUGUUGCGAAAGCGUAUGUGAGGGCAGCCAAAGGUGGUGAAUACGAGAAUCAGGUAAUUGGUUUGAUUGUGUUUCACCACCAAAAUGUAAGAAAUAAGCGAUAG